CAGAAAGCGUUUCAAAGCGGCUAGAACGAAGUUGGGUAGGGGGAUGAGCGAUGAGGGAAUAAUUCCCUCUCCGUGUGGAAUCAGAGGGCGGGCCUGCCGCGAAGGCAUCUGGGAAAUGGAGUUCCUAGGUAGGUGAAGCCGGGCGCCGUCGGGAAGUCAGCGUCGCCUGCGCGGGCGCAUCAGACACAGGAUGCGCGCGCAGCGCUCUCCGCCCAGCGGAAGUUUUCGCGGGGCAACUGAGAAGGUUGCUGUCAAGAUGGAGUUUCCAGCCCAGUAAAUCCAAGGGCCAGGCUGUGACCUCAUAAAGCAUGAUCUCCUUCUGUCCAGACUGUGGCAAAAAUAUCCAAGCAGCAUUCAAAUUCUGCCCCUACUGUGGACAUUCUUUGCCGAUAGAGGAGCAUGUAGUGUCCCAGACCUUUGUCAAGCCAUGUGUGUCAUCCUCCCGAGGCUCAAAGAGAGAGCUGAACUCCAGUUUUGAAGUCUCUCCCAAGAAGGUGAAAUGGUCCAGCUCUGUCACCUCUCCACCUCUCUUCUCAGAUGGUGACAGUUCUGAGUCUGAAGAUACCCCAAGUUCCUCUGAGAGAUCCAAAGGCUCCCGGAGCAGACCCCCAACUCCCAAAAGCAGCCCUCAGAAGACCAGGAAGAGCCCUCAGAAGACCAGGCAGAGCCCUCAGGUGACCAGGUGCAGCCCUCAGAAGACCAGGCAGAGCCCUCAGGUGACCAAGUGCAGCCCUCAGAAGACCAGGCAGAGCCCUCAGGUGACCAAGUGCAGCCCUCAGAAGACCAGGCAGAGCCCUCAGAUGCUGAAGCGGAGCCGGGUGACCACCUCACUUGAAGCUUUGCCCAUAGGGACAGUGCUGACAGACAAGAGUGGGCGACAGUGGAAGCUGAUGUCGCUCCAGACCAGGGGCGACCAGGGAAUUCUCUAUGAAGCUGCACCCACCUCUGCCCUCGCCUAUGACUCAGGACCCCAGAAGCAAAAGUUCUCACUCAAACUGGAUGCCAAGGACGGGCGCUUGUUCAAUGAGCAGAACUUCUUCCAGCGGGCCGCCAAGCCUCUGCAAGUCAACAAGUGGAAGAAGCUGUACUCGACCCCGCUACUGGCCAUCCCCACCUGCAUGGGUUUUGGUGUUCACCAGGACAAAUACAGGUUCUUGGUGUUACCCAGCCUGGGAAGGAGCCUUCAGUCAGCCCUGGACGUCAGCCCAAAGCAUAUGCUGUCAGAGAGGUCUGUGCUGCAGGUGGCCUACCGGCUGCUAGAUGCCCUGGAGUUCCUCCAUGAGAAUGAGUAUGUUCACGGAAAUGUGACAGCUGAAAAUAUUUUUGUGGAUCCGGAGGACCGGAGUCAGGUGACCUUGGCAGGCUAUGGCUUCGCCUUCCGCUAUUGCCCAAGUGGAAAACACGUGGCCUACGUGGAAGGCAGCAGGAGCCCUCACGAGGGGGACCUUGAGUUCAUUAGCAUGGACCUGCACAGGGGAUGUGGGCCCUCCCGCCGCAGCGACCUCCAGAGCCUGGGCUACUGCAUGCUGAAGUGGCUCUAUGGAUUUCUGCCGUGGACAAACUGCCUUCCCAACACUGAGGACAUCAUGAAGCAAAAACAGAAGUUUCUCGAUAAACCGGGGCCCUUCGUGGGACCCUGCAGUACCUGGAUCAGGCCCUCAGAGACCCUGCAGAAGUACCUGGAGGUGGUGAUGGCCCUGGAGUAUGACGAGAAGCCGCCCUACGCCAUGCUAAGGAACAGCCUGGAAGCCCUGCUGCAGGAUCUGCGUGCGUCACCGUAUGACCCCAUUGGCCUCCCGAUGGUGCCCUAGGUGGAAUCCAAGUGGGAAGAGCUUAACUUUCCAUUUGCAGUGUGCAACAGAAAAAAUGAAGCAAUGCGACUCAAGGCCUGCUGUUAAACACAGAUAAGCUUCUAGAACAAGCUCUGGAAUGUGCAUUCCUGCCACUGGCUUUGGGAUACUCAUCAGUCCUGAUUAGCCUCAGGGAGGUCCCCAGUUUCCCUCCAGCAAAUGUGAAGUUCCCCCUCUCGUGGCCUGCCCUCUAGCCAGUGUCCUAGCAAGGCUGGAUGGGGUUGGGCUGGCCCCCAGAGGGGACCCCUCCUACUCCUGACACCUCUGUGCUUUCGUAAUAAAUUGUUUUAGCGGAGUUUGAGGA